UAAUCCCAAUCCCAAGCCAAAUGUUUGCUGUGUGACCUUGGGACUGCAGUUUAAUCCCUCUGGAGAAUGUUCAUCAGAGCUUCUGCCCCUUCACCCUUCACUCCCAACCCUGAACCCUCUUCCAACCUUGGAAUUUUUGAAAUAAGACAUGUUUAGAAGCAAAGAAACUGAAAGAAAACAGAGGAAGGCAAGAAGAAGUGAACAUAUUUGGAGAAUCACUCAGCUGCAACACACCUUUGUUGAGACGGGAUAAAAAGUGUAGGCUGCAAAUUUUUAGAAGAAGAAAACAUUAGGGGAAGAGAGAAAGGGAUUUAAAUUGUUUCCCAUUCUUUAAGGAAAACAAUCCAGCUCUGAUGAGGUCCCUAAGGCAAACAGUGCUUAAAUGAAGGAUUUCCUCCAGUUCAGUUCCUCCGUGGGUUUAUUUACAAGACUUGAACUUUGUAUAGAAUGUCACUGGAAACCAGGUUGUAGAAGUAUUUAUUGAGCACCCACUUGGUUCAGUGCACUGAACUAGGUGAUGCGGUGACUAUGACAUGGAUGUAAUCAAGAAAAGCAAACGAGAUGGUUCGGAAGUCACUGAAAGACUUGUUACUGAAACAGUUACCACAAGGCUCACAUCUUUACCACCAAAAGGAGGGACCAGCAAUGGCUAUACUAAAUCCUCAUCAUCCCUUAGUGGAGGGACCAGGAUGGAAAAACAGAGUUUGACCCAUGGCAGCGGUUAUCUAAACUCAGGCGGAAGUUCUAGAGCUGCCUCUUCCUCCAGCUACAGAAGGGCCCAAUCUCCUGCCUCUACUCUCCCCAAUUCACCAGGCUCAACUUUUGAAAGGAAAACUCAUAUCACCCGCCAUGCAACAUACGAAGGGAGCUCCAGUGGAAACUCCUCUCCAGAAUACCCUAGGAAAGAACUCGGAACUGCAUCCACCAGGGGACGGAGCCAAACUCGAGAGAGUGAAAUUCGAGUUCGGCUGCAAAGUGCUUCGCCAUCUACCAGAUGGACAGAAUUGGAUGAUGUGAAGAGACUGCUGAAGGGAAGUCGAUCAGCUAGUGCCAGCCCCACCCGCUGUUCAUCCAACACACUCCCCAUCCCCAAGAAAGCCACUGUGGAAACCAAGAUGGUGACAGAGAGUUCCCAGUCAGUAUCAGGCACCUAUGACACAACUAUCCUGGAUGCCAACCUUCCCUCCUACAUGUGGUCCUCCACCCUGCCUGCAGGGUCAUCCAUGAGUGGCUAUCACAACAACAUGAUGACCCAGAGCUCAUCCCUCCUUAAUACCAAUGCCUAUUCCACAGGAUCAGUGUUUGGAGUCCCAAAUAACAUGGCUCCCUGCUCUCCUACUCUGCACCCUGGGCUCAGCACCUCCUCUUCAGUGUUUGGGGUACAAAACAACCUGGCUCCUAGCUCUUCGGCCUUGGCUCAUGGUACAUCAACCUGCUCCACAGCAUAUAGUGUGAAGAAGAACAUGCCCCAGUGUCCUGCGGUGGUGAGCACUGGAGUGUGCACUUCGGCGGCUGGCACAAUGAGUUCUCACAAUGAUGACAUCCUGCGCAAAGACUGCAAGUUCCUACUGCAGGAGAAAGAAAAUGUCCCCGCCAAGAAGGAGAUGGAGCUUCUGAUCAUGACAAAGGACAGCGGGAAGGUUUUCACUGCCUCAAGCACAGGGCUCAGUGGAGGCUCCUUUUCUGAAGAUACCCUGAAAAAAGACAAACAAGCUAUCUCCUCUUCUUAUGGGGCAGAGACUCACUUAAAAUCAGAAGCAAAUGGAGAUUUAAAGGGUGUAUCAACUAAAGAAAAAGCCACUUAUGCAGAAAUACAAGGCGGUGAUCGAGGAGGAGGGGGAGCCAAAGGAGGAGGAGUAGGAGGAGGAGCAGGAGGAGGAGGGGCUGGGGCUGCUCCUGCCUGGUGCCCCUGUGGUUCAUGCUGUAGCUGGUGGAAGUGGCUUCUGGGACUGCUGCUUCUUGGAUUGCUGCUUCUUGGACUGCUCUUUGGACUCAUUGCGCUGGCGGAGGAGGUGAGGAAGCUGAAAGCACGUGUGGACGACCUGGAAAAAAUCAGCACGGGCAUGUUACAAGUGUCACCAGAGGAAAGAAGAAAAAUCAUCGGUUCUGCCCACUUACCAAGUACAUCUCACUCAUAUGGAACAGACCUGGGAACUGGUCAGGGAGAUCACUCUCAGGAGGCUGUCUGGCUCUACGUGAGGAACAAGCUACAGUCAGAGCAGGAGAAAGGGUAUUUCCGAGGAGAACCAGGCCCAAAAGGUGAUGUGGGAAUUCAGGGUCCAAGAGGAGACCGAGGAUUUGCUGGUGUUCCAGGUACUCCUGGGCCUAUGGGGCAUCCAGGUCCAGAAGGACCAAAAGGACAAAAGGGCAGCGUAGGCCAACCUGGCCUGGAAGGAACCAUGGGUCAGAGAGGACGAGAAGGGCCAGCUGGGCCGCGUGGUGAACCGGGACCACCUGGAUUUGGCGAGAAGGGAGACAAAGGUGCUGUGGGUGAACCAGGCCCUCCAGGUCCACCGGGUGUCCCAGGCUCUUUCGGUCCCAAAGGUGCCAUGGGCACUCCAGGACCACUAGGCCCCUCAGGCCCUCCAGGAAUUCCAGGAUUCAAAGGUGACACAGGACUUCCAGGCGCUAAAGGUGAGAAAGGGCCCAUGGGAUCUCCAGGACCAAAAGGUGACCAGGGUGAGAAAGGACCACGAGGACUUACAGGGGAGCCUGGCUCAAAAGGUUUGCCUGGUGCUACUGGAGAGCCAGGAGCUAAAGGAGCAAUGGGUCCAGCUGGUCCUGAUGGACAUCAAGGUCCAAGAGGUGAACAAGGUCUCACAGGGAUGCCUGGCCUUCGUGGCCCUCCUGGACCCACUGGAGAUGCAGGAAAACCAGGCCUCACGGGACCUCAAGGACCUACAGGACUCCCUGGCAUCCCAGGCAGAGCAGGCGCUAAAGGUGACGCUGGUGCUCCAGGCAGGAUUGUGACUGCAGACGGAGCAUCGACUGUCACUGUCCCGGGCCCACCGGGACCCCCCGGAGCCAUGGGUCCCCCAGGACCACCAGGUGUCCCAGGUCCUGCUGGGCCAGCAGGUGUCCCUGGCCAGCAAGGUCCCCGUGGUGAGAGCGCGGUGGUGCACGAAACCAUCACAGGAAGCAUCUCAGAAGGCACCGUCGGAUCAGGGUCCAGCGGUGCUCGACAAAAUCUUGAUUUACGAGGACCACCGGGUCCUCCUGGACCACCAGGACCACCAGGAAUUUCUAUCCCAGGACCCCCAGGACCCCGUGGCCCAGCAGGGGAAGGCCUGCCAGGUCCCCCUGGCCCACCUGGAUCCUUCUUGACUAAUUCAGAAACCUUCUUCUCUGGCCCCCCAGGUCCACCUGGUCCCCCUGGUCCAAAAGGAGAUCAUGGUGCCCCUGGACCUCGAGGAUUCCAAGGUGACCCAGGACAACCAGGCCUUCCAGGACUGUCAGCAGGUUCAGAGGGUCUGGGGAUCACACUGCAGGGGCCACCAGGCCCACCUGGCCCCCAAGGACCCCCAGGACCCAAAGGUGACAAAGGGGUAUCCUCAAGCACAAGAUAUACCCAGGGGCCCCCAGGUCCUCCUGGACCCCCCGGCCCUCCCGGAUCCAUCAGCAGCUCUGGACGGGAAAUUCAGCGUUAUAUUUCCGAGUACAUUCAGAGUGACUCGAUGAGGAGUUAUUUGGCUGGAGUACAAGGACCCCCUGGCCCUCCUGGCCCCCCAGGACCUGUGAUCAGCAUGGGUGGGGAGACCUUUGACUACACUGAGUUGGCCAGUCAGGUCAUGAGCUACCUACGAACUUCUGGUUACAGCAUUGGGGGAUCCUCCUCCUCUUCCUCCUCAAUGUCUCACGAAGACAUCCUGACUCUACUGCAACGAGAAGAUGUCCGACGUUCCCUGGUUGGACCCCGGGGGCCCCCGGGACCCCCGGGCCCUGCUGGAGAUGGACUCCAGACCCUGGAUUACUCAGAACUGGCCAACCGGGUCAUCAGCUACUUAAGCAGGUCGGAGCUCAAUGUGGGAAUCCCCGGGCCCCCCGGGCCUCCAGGGCUCCCAGGAACAUCCUACGAGGACCUGCUGUCCAUCCUCCAGGGCUCUGAAUUCAGAGGCAUCGUUGGACCCCCAGGGCCGCCAGGCCCUCCCGGCCCCCAGGGCAGCUCGCUAUCCAGCCUCAGCGUGGAGGACCUCUCCUCCUACCUACAGAGUGCGGGCUUCUCCUCCAAACCGGGGCCGCCCGGGCCUCCGGGGCCCCCGGGUCCGCAGGGACCCACCUAUUUCUCCGAGGGCCUGACCACGUAUGCGGCUGAGCAGAGCGAUAACUUCAAGAGCGAGCUGAUAGGCUACCUGACAAGCCCUGAUGUCCGCAGCUUCCUCGUUGGUCCUCCCGGCCCCCCCGGGCCUCAGGGCCCCCCAGGAGACGGGCGGUUGAGGACCGGCGACGGCUCGUACAGCCGCGACAGUUCCUACAGCUCCUUGCUGAGCCGCGACUCCUCCUACAGCUCCUCCUCCUCUUCCUCUUCCUCCUCCUCCUCCUCCAUGGGGCUCGGUGGCGCCAACGGCGGGGACGCCUACAGCUCACUGGGAGGGGACGGCGGCCCUUACGGCACAGACACAGGCCACGCCGGGGCCUUUGGGGCUGCCGGGGGAGACGGCGGCGGCUACGGCGCGGGCUUCCCCGGGGCCCUGGACUUCAACGAGCUGGCGGUGCGGGUGUCGGAGAGCAUGCAACGUCAAGGCCUGCUGCAAGGCAUGGCCUACACCGUCCAGGGCCCCCCCGGCCGGCCGGGCCCGCAGGGACCGCCGGGGAUCAGCAAAGUCUUCGCUUCCUACGGCAACGUGACGCAGGAUCUCAUGGACUUUUUCCGAACCUACGGCACCAUUCCGGGCCUGCCCGGCCAGAAGGGGCAGAUGGGCCACCCAGGCCCCAAAGGGGACACGGGCCCGGCCGGGCACCCAGGCCGACCGGGGCCUCCGGGGCCCAGAGGCCACAAAGGAGACAAAGGGGAGAAAGGUGAGCAAGUCUACAUGGGCAGAAGGCGGAGGAGGAGCAUCGCCGUCAAACCCUGAGGGCCGGCAGCGCCCGGGGCCGGUCUGGGGGCAGCUCGUCCCCUUCGGCGGCAGCUCCCCGAGAGGGGCCGGGCUGGAUGCCAUCCCCUUUCCUUAGAAAGCCCUCUUAGUCUAACCGCUGACCGGCAAAACCGGGUGGUUCCGGGCUAGGGCCGCCAAACCCAGCAGCCGGCCCAGAUUGGCAGUGGUUCACCGGACCCCUGGCAGUCAGGUGUAACAGAACAGCUUCCACCCCAAUUCUUAAACACUCUUCUGCUCUAAUUUUCCAACUGCUACUUGUUAAUUUGUUUGUCUGAAGAGCUUUUUAUUUUUUCCAAAGCGCUCCCACCCGUUCUCGUUUUAUCUUCUCACCCUCUCUGAGAGGCGGGGGAGUGAUGAUUUCCAUUUUACAGAUUAGGAAGCUGAGGCCCAGAGAGGUUAAGCCAUUUGCCCAAGGUCAAGCAGCAGGCCGGGAGUAGAGUGAGCCUGCUGCCGCUAUCUAUUUGGAUUACGCACACUGCCUCUCCCUCCCUCUCUCGAGGGCUGAGCACAGAGUAAGUGUUCAAUAAAUGCCAUUGAUUUGAUUCAGGGCCCACGAGCAUCGAAAACCCAGCCCAGCCAGAGAGGCUAAGGGAUGGCAAGGGGGCCGUGUACGUUAUUUGCUCUGUGGCUCUAUAACUUGGUCCUCGCCCCUGUGGUUGCUGGGGUUGCUUACCGGCACAGCCUUGCUGGAAGGAGCUCGGGGUGGCAAUUUGGGUGUCGCUGCUUUGCCCGUUCGGUGCUUCGAGGAUGUUCCUCCUCUGUUCUCUGCCCGCCCGGGGCCUCUGUGGAAAGGUGAGCUGUGGAAACCUGCUUAUUUAAAGCAACCGCAGCAAGCAAAGAAUAACUACUGAACUGAAUUCUCCUCUAGGAGCCCCGUACCCAGAAAUCAGAUCAUAGAUUGGGCUAGGCCAUCGACAGGGUUUCGAUGGGGACACUUGGUGUGACACUAAUGUGCCCCGUGUCCAUAGCUGGGUUUAGCAAGCUGCGGCGGCGUGGAAAUAAGGAAUUCGUUAUAGCCAACCGGAAAGAGGAAGGUCUAGUGAAUGGUCUGGGGCUAUGAAAAGGUGGAGAACAACGCUAGGUGAAUAGUUGCUCAGGGGUCCAUUUGGUCUGUAUUGCCAAGGGGUGGGAAAGAGUGAGGACAGCACCAGUUAAGCACUUUUAAAAUGUUUUUUCAAAAAUACUGUAUGUGGUCCUAUAAACUGAAAAAAAUCAUUUCAAUGUAAGAUUCCCAAUUAAAGUUUGUUUUUUUAAAGUC